AUGCAAGAAUUGUGCCCUGCCGGCGCGUACGGCGGGGACAUCUGCCGUCCCUGUCCUCCGAACACGUUCAGCAUCAAGGCGGGUUCGGCGACCUGCAACCCUUGUCCUCCCAACGCUUUUGUCGGCAACCAAUGUCACCCCUCGGGCAGUCCUCUACAGCUCAGUCUGCUUGGACUGAUAAUGAAGUACGGCUUCGUCACGACCUUCAGCUUUGCCCUGAUCCUGGGAUGCCUGCUGCUUUGGUUCAAAACGAGGAGCGAGUUUCCCAGGGGGUCGCCGUCCGAGCAGUCCUCGCAGCAUCUUCUUCCCGAAGCGGGCGAGAGCGACGACGACCUGGACAGCUGUACCAUCGCGGACAACUGCGCGGGUGACUCCAGGGUGGGCGGUUCUUCGUCCACGGCCACCCGAAUCGAUGAUGAUGACGAAGAUCCUGCUGGUGAUAUUGAUGACGAUAGGAGCAGCGUGGACGGUGCUGGAGACUCGUCUCCUGUCAAGUCCAGGAUGUUGGAACGUCUCAAGGAGCAGGGAGCCGUUCUGCCGGUGCAAGGUGUUGAUAUUAAAAAAAAAAAGAAAAGAAAAGAGGGUGUGGAGGGAGGAGUUGUGUUUGCAACUUUGGGAAUUUGA